UUUUGAUUCUGGCAGAUGGACAGAACACAUCCGAUCUUGAACUGCUAGAGUAAGUCUCCGAUUUUGGCCAAACUGUCAGAAAACAUCGUCCGCAAGGUGUAACUCAUUUUAAUCGUCGCCAUGGGACGUAUAUUCUUGAGUCACCUGGGGGGAACCAGACUGUUUUCCUGUGCCAGUUGUGACACGCCUCUCACCAAUAGAGCUGAACUGAUCUCUACACGCUUCACAGGAGCCACAGGCCGAGCAUUUCUCUUCAACCGAGUGGUCAAUCUAAACUACAGUGAAGUUCAGGACAGAGUCAUGUUGACUGGCAGGCACAUGGUCAGAGAUGUCUGCUGUAAAAACUGCGAUGCCAAGCUGGGAUGGAUUUACGAGUUUGCUACAGAGGAUAACCAGAAGUACAAGGAAGGGCGAGUAAUCCUGGAGCGCGCUCUUGUGACGGAGAGUGAAGGUUUUGAGGAACAUGUUGGUGAAGACCGGAACUGACUGAGAUUUUGGUUCUGUUUAUUAAACUGAACGUAGCUCUGAAACUAUGUGUCCCAUGUGUGAGGUAUACAUGCAGUGUGUACAUGUAUAUGCACAUGUUUGACAGCAGGUAGGCAUGUCAGUAUGCAGUAUCAGCAUUUCAUGCCAUGGAAUGUUGUUGUGUUCGUCAUGGUGUACAUUCUGUUCUCAUGAAAGUACACAGAUUUGAAUUGUCACACAUUGUCAUCUGCAAUGUGGCGAUGGAAGAAAAAAACUGGUCGCUGAUCAUAGAAAUAUGAAUACGCAGAAUCAGCAUUUUCUCGCCGUGUUUGGUUGUAUUCAUUGUUCUUUUCAUCGGCCUUGAAAGAGUAGAGAUUAGAGUUGUUACACAUUGUGGCAUACAGACUGAGAAAAAAAAUGAAUCUUCAUGUACUGAUUGCAGGCAUGUGAAUAUGUAUUACUAACAGUUUCAUGCCAUAUCUUUUUGUAUUCAUACUGAGGUACAGUUACUCUGAUACGAAAGAGAACAGAUUUGAGUUGUUACUCUUUGUGGUCUGUAGUGUGGCGGAAAAAUGAAGUUGUUCAUGGCUGACGUGAAUAUGAAAUAUCAGCAUUUUCAUGCCUUGCCUGUCAUGUUCAUGAUAUAAAACACUCAUAAAUACUUACGAAAGGCAGAUUUGAAUUGUUACAUUGUUGAUGGGAAAGAAAAGAGAAACUGAAGUUACAGAUGGCAAAGAUGCCUCAUUGCUGAAGUAAAGAGAAACAAUUAAUGCAUUACAUACAUGCAGAUGUAUAGAUUUUCUUCUGAAAUGAUUUGUUAUUAGUGAUAUAACACAAUUGGAAGUCUUGUUUGUGAUCUCUAAAGGAAGGCGAUGUAGUGAACAGAAAUCAUCAGUUAAGAGUGCUGUUUAAUGUCGGGGCAUUAUAAUUUAUUAUUAUAUGAGCAGGUUGAACCUGGGAAUGUCAGCGGGACACCUGCGGAUGGCCAUGGGCUUCCCUGCUAAACUCUGGGCAGUUUCCACCCUGCUGGCUGCUGUGACAUGUUCUUGAGUAGGAGAUAAAGCAAUAUUCAGGUACAUAAAUUUCAUGAAGCCCUAGGGUGUUACUGGGGAAGGCCUGUUUCAAUAUUGAUGGAAUAAUAGUAGUAGUCUGUGGAAGUUCAGAAUAUGAGGGUGUACAUGCCACUACUUGGAUAUGGCAGCUGUAGGUCUACAUGCAUUGAUUAUAUGCAUUGAUUAUGCAUAUCUCCAUAUUCAUAUUUAUCCUUGUACAAAGUGAAUGAUGUCACUUAAUUGUCAGAAGGUGAGCUCAAGCCCUAGUGUUCAGUACAAUAUGCAGCUGUAGAGGGAAGCUCUCCAAGUGAGAGUAUGGAGGUGUUGCCUGCAAGCCAACUGAAUAGAUACACCCACUAUCUCAUACUCCAGAGCAGGGUUUGAUGAUAGUAGUAUUGUCUAGACAGAAGGGAUGGGUGACAUGAAUUUAGCUUUCUAUUUACCUGGCAUAGCACAGCCUACCUGUUGUGAUGUGUGGUCAAGCUCAAAUUCUGUCAGUGUCUUACAACAUAUAUAUCUGCAGUGUUAGCUGUAUGUCACAUUACUCUAGACAGCAACUUGUUUGUUGUGUUAUUAAAGUUAGACUAUGAGCUCAGCUGUGUGGCCAACAGUUCUGUUUGCUGCAUGUAUUUUAUGGUGAAAACUAUUGAAAUACUUGUCUGUUAAUUAUAAUCAUAUUGUAGACAAAUAAUGCUCCCUGCACAUGUAUACUGUGAAUGUGUGUACUAUAAUGGUAUGAAACAAAGAUACAGAGAGACUGCAGUACAUGAGGUAUUUAAAAGUAAGUCAGAGUGCUUCAUAAUGCCGUAGAAACAUGUUUUUGUUUUAUCUUUAGAUCUCAUUAGUACAUGUAUUUUUCACACAUUUUAUUGAAAUGGUAACCUUACUACACAUAUUGUAAUGUACACCCUGAUCUUAUUUUCUGAUUUUUGACACACCUGGUCUGCUUUUUUUAGCCAAUAUACAUCUAAUAGUACUAGGAAUAAUUAGUUUCUUUUUUUUCACAUGAUUAGUCCAACUAAUGAACAAUAGAUAUAAACAUAUACCUUUACUUUUCCCCAAAACUGGGAGAGAGAUGCAAUUCUUGGCUUUCAGCACUACUAAUAUGUCCUAAAAAUUAGAAGAAUUAGAGUAUCAUCAAAUUACAUAAGUGCAUGGCUGUAUCAGUUUGAUAUAUGUACGUACUAUUUUGUACUUCCGAUUUUAGCAGGAAG